UCUUCUGGGCUGUAAAGGGCACCGUUGACUUCUGCAUUUGCUGUUUCUCUUGUGGUUUUUGACCUUCUUGUUUCAGAGAGCCUGAGAUUAAAUCAGCUUAGUGCAAUCCCAGGACAGUGGGACAUAGCAAAUCCAUGUCUCUGUAUAGUGCCUGACUGUGCAAGCCACUUUCCCUGGUUUGACAGUGGAUGGUUUUGGCUGUUUCCCAGAGCACAGGGCCAGACCUCAGUGCUGAGUGUGCCAUGUAAAACGGCUUGAGUGGGUGGGUGAGUGGGUUUGGAACUGGAUCUGCUGCCCACACAUCCAUGGAGGCUGUGGCUUCACCUCCCUGGCUUCGCUUUCCCUUGAAGGGAAGGAGAGGGGACAGCAGACCAGGCUGCUGUGAGGGGAGAAGCACAGACAGGCUGCAGAGGGUUGUAGGACACUCCUUAGUGCAGAGGGGCUGCAGCUAAAACUCAUUGUGGGUUGAUCUGAUUGAUUUCACUGAUUAACUCACUGCUGCUGCAGGGAAGAUGCUGCUGCUCUGGUGCUGGUAGUUCUUAUUUUCUUCCUAAGCCUAUAACCCUCGCUUGCCUCUGAUUAUAGUUGUUUUUUUCAGAGCAGGUAAUCCUGGUGUGAUCUUUCAGAUGCAGAAGAUCAAAGUGAAAAAGCAAUUGAGGAGAUUAAUAGGGAGAGCCUUGUUCUGAGUUUUUUUUAAUUAACAUGUGUAUUUGCAAGGAUUGAGCUAUGAACAGUUACUGUCUGUUGCUGGUGAUGAAAUAUUUUCCUAUUCAGGCAAGUAUUUUCCUGUUCAGGUUAUGGUUACAGGUGUAAAGCCACUAUUAAUACCCACUGUAAGAACAGAAGCUCUGGGCUAUUGUGUGGAGGCUUUUCUUUCACCUACUUCUAUGACAGCUUAGGGUUUCUUUUGGAAAAUACAUUCCUCGAUUAAGAAUCCCUUCUGAGCCUCAGUGUCCUGCACAGUGAGAGCUCCAGCUGUGGCUUUGUCCUGCUGUCAUGCUCGGUCGAUCAGAGCAGGGUGAACACUGAAGGAAUGGGAUGAUUCAGUAAAGCUCCUGUCUGUCUGAUGUCAGCUUUGCAAGCCAAAGGAUGUCACUCUGAAAAUGUAUCACAGCUUAAAUAUCCUCACUCCUCAGAAUUAACAGUGCCCCACAGUAAUUGCUGUGACUGUGUAGUGCCCCUUCCAACAGGCCUCCAACUCUUGUGAGGGACCACUAGUGUGGCAAUGAUGGGGUGUUGCAAAAUUUGUUUAACCACCCUAGAAAUCUAUUUUUAGAAUAUGUUUGGUCCAUUAUUUUUGCUUGUUUGCUAACGAUGGUAAUUGUAAAAUUACCCAUUUACUGGACUAAGCACAGUUGUCACUGCUACCCACAUUCCUGGGCACUGAACUUAAUCCUUGAUCUCUGUUACAAGGUAACCAGGCUGUUUGGCUCCUGCACAGAAGUGGAUUUCUUAACAUCUUUCACACAUUCAUUUUAUUAACAAUCAAAUAUUUGUUUCUGUAAGGAUAAGUCAGUGGAAGACUAAGUCAGUUCAGGUCACUGAUGAAAUCAGGAGAGCUCUGUGUGUGUGAUUUCUUCACCACAUCCCCAGGUGCUUUAAUGUGUCACCAAGAUGCAGGAGUACCAAGUCUGGUGUUCCUUGGGGAAUAAAAGUAUAAAAUUAAACGCGGGCCUGUGAUAUGUUUAGGAAUAACAAAAGUGUGUCACUUGCUCUGAGCAUAUGCUCUACCAAUUUUAAACUGGUAGAAAAAAAUUCUUGCCAUAAGACUUCAUAUCAAAGAGUCCCAAUGGAAAGCUCUUGCCAUGGCAAGGCAAACCCUUGGGCACCAUGUGUGGUCCCAUAAUUCCAGGCAUGGUUGCAAUGCCACUGCAGGUGUUUGUCCAGGCAACAGGAGUUCUGACUCUUCACUUACCCUUGCAACCUAAUUACUGUAAUGGUUUCUACACAUACAACAGAAUUUAGCCUUUCCUGCUGGCAGCACAGGGGUCUUCAAGGAUGUCUGUCAACAUCAUUCUGCUAACUGUGCCUAUCUUUGGGCGUGAGCAGUGCUGUAGCCAAGGCUUACUUUUAUAAGGCUGUGCUGGAGGGGAAACCCAGUGGUGUAACAGGUUUCCACAUACUCGUAACUGAGCAAGAAAAGUCUGUUUUCUCUUUGAGCGAAGCAUUAUCCUUGUCUUGCUCUGUGUCAUUGGGCCUGGUGCUGAGGAAACCCAAGAGCAGCCAGAGCUUCCCUUGUGCUGGUCCCAGUGCCCACAUUUCAGUUUGGACAUCCACGGCAGUGCCACCAGCCUGGCUUUGCUCAGACCCCUGCUUUGCCUUUCUCCUUAGAGCUGCUUUCUGCCUUGUUCUUGCCAAGGAUUUUACCAAUCCCUCUGUCCCUGGGGGGUCAGGAUGGCCACCUCAACCCUGGAGAACCAGCUGCAGAGUGCCCAGAAGAACCUGCUGUUCCUGCAGCGGGAGCACGCCAACACCCUGAAGGGGCUGCACGCGGAGCUGCGCCGCCUGCAGCAGCGCUGCACAGAUUUAACCUAUGAACUGACUGUAAAGAGUUCAGACUUGUCAGAAAGUGGUGGUUCAAGAAGUGAUGAACUCAAAAGUAAGUGCAAAGAUCUUGAAGCUCAGCUGAAAAUCAAAGAAGCUGAAAACAGUGAAUUGUUGAAAGAACUUGAACAAAAGAAUGCAAUGAUCAUGGUGCUGGAAAACACUAUUAAAGAAAGGGAAAAGAAGUAUUUGGAAGAGUUAAAAAUGAAAAGCCAUAAGCUCAACAUGUUGUCCAGUGAACUGGAGCAGAGAGCGAGCACGAUUGCCUAUCUGACCUCUCAGCUGCACGCGGCCAAGAAGAAGCUGAUGAGUGCCAGCGGGACUUCGGACGGGACGCCCUCUGGCAGCCCCGUGCUGUCCGGCUACAAACCGUCCCCCCCCAAGGACAAACUGCCGGAGACGCCGCGGCGCAGGAUGAAGAAGAGCCUGUCCACGCCGCUGAACCCCGAGUUCGAGGAGGCCUACAGAAUAGGGUCGGAGAGCCGGAAGCUGGUGCUGCGAGAGCCCGUGGAUGCCAUGCCCGAUCCCACGCCCUUCCUGCUGGCCAGGGAAACGGCAGAGGUGCACCUGAUCAAGGAGAGGCCGCUGGUCAUUCCGCCGAUCCCUUCGGAUCGCGCGCCCGGCGAGUCGCACAGCCCCGCCCGCGAGAAGCCGCACAAGGCGCACAUCGGGGUGGCUCAUCGCAUCCACCACGCCGCGCCCGCCCAGCCGCAGGAGGUGGAGACCCUGGCAGUGGAUCAGGUUCAUGGAAACAAAGCGGUCAGAAAGCACCCGGGCACAGACAGAACUGUCUGAGAACACCACAGCAGCGCUGUUCUGUGCUGGUCAUGCACUGUGAGCCUGUAGGGUAAAUAGCACCUGCGCUGAAGUUUCUUUUGAUGCCCCAUGCAUGCCAAACUCCUCCCGGGUACACCAUUAAUACAUUCUGCUCUAACAAAACCUCCUAGGACUGUGUUCAUAUGGCAUAUGGUAUACAACCACUCCAUGCUGUGGCCAAACCAGGGGGACCUGACCGCUUGCUUCCAAGUGUUGCUCCAUGUAGUGUAACUGCACGUGUGGACCAAGGCGCGGGCUGUUAGCGAGCGCUCUUAGAGAGAACACCCCUCCCUCACACUGCAGCCACGCGUGUUGGCUGGUGAUGUUUGACCUGGCAGGGGUUCUCUUGUCUCCACUGUGUGUGUGAGCACUCCAGAGCCAUCACUGACCUCUGCCACAGCCGCUCUUGCAGCAGCACUGAAAGUUGGGCACGUGUACGUUCACUUUAGUGACCUAAGGAUGUCCUGUCCCCAGAGCCCCAGCAAGCACUACUUGAUUAAUCCUAAAUACUUUGGUUUGUGGCUUUAAGUAAAAUAUGGGUGGGGAAAGCAUCAUUUUAUGAGGGUUAAUAACUCUCAUAGGAAGAGUAUGAACACUGGGUUGUUUGUGGGGAUCGUUUUGGGUUUUUUUAAUCAAAUAGCUUCACAACACAUUUUAUGCUAGUCAGUACACUGCACUUGUAGCACCUUCCAUACUGGCUCCGAGCUCCUUUUCAGGGAGGAAAUGUAACUGGCUAUCCAAUAUGGAAAUGGUUCUUUAUGCGCUAACCUGCACUUUUUUUGUAAAGGGAUUAUUUUUGUUUCCUAAAAACCUUAGUCUGGUCUGGGCAUCAUCAGACCAGUGCCGGCUGCUGCCAGCCUAGAAACCUGAGCUGCCCUUCUAAAAUGUGAGUAUUUAGUUGUAAGUGAUGUAACUGAUCCAUACAGGAGAACCUGGCAUCCUUGAUUUCUGUCCUUGUGGAUUGGGAUGGACUUGCCUUGCACUUGACCAGAUUCCCCUACUCCUUUCUAGUAAGUAGCAGGUAGACCCAACAGCUGUUAGACUACUUGAUUCCUUUUUUUUUGGAUUUUUUUCUAGGAAAGAAAGGCAUACUAGGAGCUGGGAGGGUAUGUAGUUUUGGGAUAGGAGCACUAGUUUGUCCAUUUUUCUUACAUUCUGUUCACCUCUGCUUCACUCUUGUCUGCAGCCUCUAAGUAGGACCAGCAAGAAACACUGGCUCCCAAAUGCUGCUAAGCUUAUGAUGUGCCUUUAAAAAUUUGGAACGUGUAUUCUCUGUGACAGCUGACGAAGGAUCCCUGCCUGCCCCGUCCCCUCCCCUUGGCAGCUGUAGUUUGCCCCUUGUAAGCUUUUUCUGCAGCUGUGUUGGUGUGUGUCUCCCUGCAGAGCCCAGGCCCUGGCAGAGCUGUUCUCCCGCCUGCGGUCCCGCUCGAUUCCCGCAGCAUGACCCUUCCAGCAGGGCUCACCCCGGGCAAGGCUCUGCCCUCUGUCACUCGCUGUCCCCAAGUCCCAGACCCGCCUCAGCCUCGCGCCUUGCUGGCUCUGUGGUAGGAAUGUGUUUCACAAGUGGUGGGGAGGGGUCAGAAAGGGGUUGGUUAAGGCAAGGUUGUUACUCUGAGGUGUACUGUUUUUGCGUGCAUUGUGUGAACCAGCGGCUGGUUUGGUGACUUUGGUUGUUGGCACCAUAUUCUUAUGGUCAUGUGUUGUAUGAGUGACCUACCCUGCCACUUGUUGGAGGCUGGUGGGAGGCACUGCUUCCAGGCAGUGCAGAAGUGAUGCUUUGGGCAAUUAAAGACAUUUCUUACAACCA